AUGGCUCCAAGAGAUGGCAUCAUAGACAGAACAUCAACUACACCUGAAACAUCUUCAUCAAGAGCACCAACAACAUCCAGAACAUCUUCAUCAACAACACCAACAACAUCUGGAACAUCAAAAAUUCAAUCAAUUCAUGUCAACGAUGUUGCAGCAAAUAAUACAUCUGAAUCUUUAAUAUCCGUCGUCAACACUUCAUCAUUACUUGAUAAAAUUUCGCAUUUGUCAAUGAACAGCGACAAAGCAACAUUAUGUAAUUCUUUCCAAAACAUUGCGAUUACAAGUACAGAUUCAAUUUCAUCAAAUGAACCAGAUGAAUCUCUUGUGUUUUUCGAAUCAAAUGCUGAUAUCCAAUCAUCUGAUGAUCCUGAACAUAAUCAAAUUCAACAUGCUACACCUGGAAAUAGUGAAAUAAAUCAACGAGAUAUGUUAGCCACGUAUCUAUUUCAAAUUGAAUUUCACCUAAAAUCUUGUCAGAAUUUAAUCAAAGAUUCUACUCGAAAUGAUAUUCCACAUAAAGAAUUUGUUGAAAAGACUCGAUCGUUUGUUUUUGAAUUAAAAACUAUUCUUGAUUCACUUGAUACAACUUGUCAUGAACAAAUUGAGAAAAUGAAUGCUCAGUUUUCUAAUGUUGAAUUUGUAUGUCGAAAAUCAGAUGAUGCUAUAUCAAGAGACCCUGCUUACUGGCCUACCAAUGGAAAAUUUACUGAAGAAGAGCUUCGAUAUCUAAUUCAUAAAGGUCCAAUGCAACCGGUAUUAAACGACUAUCCAAAAAACUUGUCGUUAGUUGCACAAAAAACAACGUGCAAAUUUGUUCCAAAAUGGUUCAAUGAAUAUCCGAUGUUGGAAUAUAGUGAAUCAAGUGAUAGAGCAUUUUGUUUUGCGUGUCGUUUGUUCCAUAAAGGUCCUGGUUCUGAAAAGGCUGAUCUUGCUUGGAUUAAAACAGGACUUCAAUCUUGGUCAAAAAUGAAAGGGAAAGGAAAAGGAAAAAAAGGAAAAUUGGAACAACAUUUCACAUCAUCUAGCCACAUGUCAUCGAUGUAUCGUUUAUCUGUUUUCAAAAACAAACAUUUAAAUGUCGAACAUUUAAUAGAUGCAAAUCAUAGACUUGCAAGUCAAAAAGAAGAAUCAAUCUUUCAAAUAAAUAAAAAAAUUAUUGAAACAUUCUUCGACUGUACAUUAUUUUUGGCUAAACAAGGUCUUGCAUUUCGUCGUGAUCCUCAAGAACAUGAUGCUCAAGGUCGUUGGUAUGAAACACUUUCACCAACACAAGUCUUGACUGGACAACAACAACAACAACAACCACAGGAACACGGUGAAGAGAAAAAGAAGAAAAAAAGCCGUGGGAAUAGAAGAGCACAACGUCUACGUCGACGACUUCGUCAACAAGGUAUAGAUCCAGAUACAAUUACACAAUUAGUUAAUCAAAGAAUAAAUUCUCAACAACAAGAACAACAUGAUGAAGCAAUACAAAAUGAUCAAAUUCCACAAUCGACGCAACGUAAAGAUAAAUAUGAUAAUAGUACAGUAAAAAAAUCAAUAAAACGUAAAAGAAAUGAAACAUCAGCGAAUACAAUUGAUAAAUCUUUAAGUCAAUUAUCUAUUUCUCAACCAUCACCAAAGAAACAAAAGAUGGCAAAUAAUGAAAUUGACCAAGUAACUACAAAUGGAACAUCAGAAACGCAACGUUCGAAAUCUAAAAAACAAAUUAACCGUAAUAAUGAUGCUUCUGAUAUACCUGAUUAUUUAAAAGUAUCAAAUCGUAUAUUUAAAAAAAUGUUAAUUAGUUCAUUAGAAGGUGCUAAGGAAAUUGUUAAAAUAUUAAAUUCAAAAGAUAAAAUUAAUUAUAUUCGUCAAUAUGCUCAUUUAAUACAUCGUUUAUUCUAUGUACAAUUACAAGAAAGUCAAUGGAAAUAUUAUUAUGAUAUUGGUAUACAAGAAAAUAUUUGGUCAGGACGUGUAUCAAAAAAAUGGGCUGCUAUGAAUAGUAUGAAUUAUACAUAUGGUCGAUCAAAAACAUUAAUUGUACAACGUCUAAAAGCUAUUGAACGACAACUUCAACAAGCAUCACAAGCAUUACAACAAUUUGGUAAUCAACCAUUACCACAAUGUCUAUCUGAAAUAAAUCCUCCAUUAGACUUUGAAAAAAUAUCAGCAAUGGUGACAGCUGUUGUACGUAAAGGUCAACAUAAAUUGAAACAACAAUUUGAACACAAUAAAAAAAUGUUAAAAUUAGACUCAACAGAUCAUCGUUUAGUACAACAAGUUUAUGGUUUAAAACCAAAUAAACAACAAAUUCGUUCAAUUCGUAAUAUAUGGAAAGCAAUUCAAAAUAAAAAACAAAUGGAAGAACAAAUUGAAAUAUUAAAACAUCGUAUCCAUUCCAAUUGUUUACCACCUGCAUUCAAUCUCCUCGAUUAUUCUCUUGAUAAAAUUGAUAAUAUACUUAGCCGAUCAAAACAAUCUGCUACCGAUGAUAAGGAUAAUCAGCAACAAACAAUAUUAGCUGCUCGCCGUUUAAAAAAAAUUGGUCGAUUUAAAUAUGAUAUGCUUGAAUUAAGUAUAGCAGCUGGUGAACAAAAAGUACGAUAUUAUGAUAAAAUAGCUAAAAAAGAAAAAAAGAAAUUAAUAUCUAUUACCAAUAAAUUAAAGAAAAAUAAUUUUGAUUCAGAUAUAUUUAAACAAUUAAUGGCAGCUAUUGAAGCACGUGAAAAACAUAUGAUCGAACGUGCUGAUUAUGUUACACAACAAAAAUUAAAAUCUUUUUUCGACGAAGCUCCGGUGUCACAAAACGAUACAAUGGACACCGAUGGCGUCGGAGCAAAUCACAAUUAA